UGCGGCUUUCCCUGGCCCAGCCAGCCUUUGGCUGUCCUUCCUCCCCUCUGGUCUCCCUGCUUGCUGCUGUUCCCUCUGCAGCCCCCUGCCCUGCCUCUGCUCUGCCCCUUGCUGCCCGGUGGGCCUCGGAGCCAUGGCCACAGAGGAGAAGAAGCCGGAGAGCGAGGCCGCCAGAGCUCAGCCCACGCCCUCCUCGUCAGCCACGCAGAGCAAGCCCACUCCUGUGAAGCCCAACUACGCCCUCAAGUUCACCCUGGCUGGCCACACGAAAGCCGUGUCCUCUGUGAAGUUCAGCCCCAAUGGCGAGUGGCUGGCCAGCUCCUCUGCCGAUAAACUCAUUAAAAUUUGGGGUGCGUAUGACGGGAAAUUUGAGAAGACUAUAUCUGGUCACAAGCUGGGAAUAUCCGACGUGGCCUGGUCGUCGGAUUCUAACCUGCUCGUCUCUGCCUCCGACGACAAGACCUUGAAGAUCUGGGACGUGAGCUCGGGGAAGUGCCUGAAGACCCUUAAAGGGCACAGUAACUACGUGUUCUGCUGCAACUUCAACCCACAGUCCAACCUCAUCGUGUCGGGCUCGUUUGACGAAAGCGUGAGGAUAUGGGACGUGAAGACGGGCAAGUGCCUCAAGACCCUGCCUGCUCACUCGGACCCCGUGUCUGCUGUUCAUUUCAACCGUGAUGGGUCCUUGAUUGUAUCGAGCAGCUAUGACGGCCUCUGUCGCAUCUGGGACACCGCCUCUGGCCAGUGCCUCAAGACACUGAUCGAUGACGACAACCCGCCGGUGUCCUUUGUGAAGUUCUCUCCGAAUGGCAAAUACAUCCUGGCUGCCACCUUGGACAACACACUGAAGCUCUGGGACUACAGCAAGGGCAAGUGCCUGAAGACCUACGCCGGCCACAAGAACGAGAAAUACUGCAUCUUCGCCAACUUCUCCGUGACCGGCGGCAAGUGGAUCGUGUCCGGCUCCGAAGACAACCUGGUGUACAUCUGGAACCUGCAGACCAAGGAGGUCGUCCAGAAGCUCCAGGGCCACACAGAUGUGGUGAUCUCCACAGCCUGCCACCCCACCGAGAACAUCAUCGCCUCGGCCGCGCUCGAGAACGACAAGACCAUCAAGCUGUGGAAGAGCGACUGCUAGGCCCUGCCGUGCGCCCCCGGGGACUGGGCGGGCCGUGCGCGGGCCGCGCCUGCCGGGCCGGCCGGAGCCCGAGCAGUGGGCCAGGGCCGCGGCAGGGACGCCCCCUCCAUGUGCUGAGUCGGCAGCGUUGUGAUUUUGUUUUUCAAGGGUGACGUUGAGUUUCUCGUGAGUUGUGUCUUUCCAGUAAACGUCCUGCACCUUUCUUACUGUGUUAAUUGCCCAGCGCACCUGCUGGGAGCAGAGGCCGCCUUGGCUGCAGCCGCUGGCCUUGUCCCCGCCCCGUCUAGCCCCCCCUGCCCUGCUGGUCCCCGCGGGCAGCCACUGGCCAGUUUGGGCCUCACUGGAUUCCCACUGGCUUCUCAAGUCUUUCUGGAAAACCAGGCUGGGUGGUGGGAGAGGCCUGGGCCUGGCUGCACAGCCUGGGUCCCUGCUGGGCCCAUGUCUCCUGGGGCGCCUGCAGCGGCAGGAGGGCUUGGUCCUCACCGUGGGCCCCCCGAGUUCAGGGAGAAGUACCCUCUACAGGCGUCCUGGAGAGGGGCUGGGUGGGAAUUGAGGAAGCUCCCCACAGCCUGGCACCCACAGUCCUGCCAUGUAGGUGGGCCGGUGCUGGAGCCCAAUUUCUGAUGCAAAAGACACCGUGUGGUGGUGGGUAAGAGGGGGACGGAGGCCCCCCAGCCUCUCCAGGCAGUCUGGCCCACCUGGUGCUCAGCGUCCCUAGGCCAUCCGGUGGUGAGGGCUGGCUGCUCUGCCGUGGGGCUAGGGGGAAGCGCCCUGCGGGGAUGGGGAUUUGCAUCUCAGCCAGCUGGGCCUCGGUGGAGGCCGGAGUCCACGGGCAGAGGGCUCCUUAGGGUGCGUGGGCCAGUGUAGCGGGUGGGUCAGGCAUGCCCUGCCAGCAGGUCGCUGAGGCCCCCGUGGCCGCUGUGAGGGAGGGGCAGAGGCACAGGGAGAGCCCCGUCUGCUGGGCGUGGUGAAGGCUGUAGCAUGCUGCUCCGUCCCGUCCCUGUCCCCUCGUGGGGAUCCCUGCGCUCGGGGGUCUGUUCUGUUUGUGGCCACUCACCUGGGGGAGGUGCCGAUGGUGGUGUCCCCAGUACAGUUUUAUUUUUUCUACAUUUGAAUUCUCUGUUGUAGAUUUAUGUAAAAACACAUUCUUUUCGAAAAUAAAAGAUUUUCAUGUCUUAAAA